AUGAGAUUUAUAAGAGACAGUUUUUUUGGCCGAUUGUUGUACCACACUUCUGAUCAUAAAAAAUUUUUUAAAUAUAAAGAAGAAAGAGAAGACUAUGUAAUACCGGAAAAAUACUUAUCUGGAGAUUUCAUGCAGGAAUACGAAGGAGUUAAUACUGAGGAAAGCUCUGUAACACUAGCGGGAGAAAUUGAAAAAGCCAGUUAUCGGAGUCCAAAUAUAAUUGUCGACUACGAUGGGCCAGAUGAUCCGGAUAAUCCAUAUAAUUGGCCGAUUUACAAGAAAAUUUUUUUCAUAAGUGGGAUUGGGUUCUUGACGAUAUCUGUAUAUAUGGGCUCCGCAAUUUAUACGCCUGGUAUCGAUAUCUUGAUGGAAGACCUUGGCAUUUCUAGAGUUAAAGCGACCUUACCAUUAUCUAUGUUUGUCAUAGGGUAUGGUAUUGGACCGAUGGUAUUUUCGCCGAUGUCAGAAAAUGCGAUCUUUGGUCGCACCUCCAUUUACAUCGUUACGGUGUUCAUUUUCUUUAUCUUUCAAAUUCCCCAGAGUUUUGGCUCUGCAACUCAUUCACUUACUUCUCUUUGUGUACUUCGACUUUUGAGUGGAAUCUUCGCUUCACCAGCAUUAGGUACAGGCGGUGCGAGUGCUGGGGAUGUGAUAACCGCAUCUUACAUGCCCAUGGGAAUUAUUGCGUGGAGCUUGGCUGCUGUGUGUGGACCGACACUUGGACCAUUGGUUGGUUCGGCUCUAAUAAAUGGCACGAAUGGUCUGUGGAUUUGGACACUUAGGUUCAUGAUGAUUAUAUCAUGCGCCUCAUUUAUCUUUUUCGGAUUCACUCUACCGGAGUCUCUGUCCAAGACCAUCUUACGCCGAAAAGCUCAAAGGUUAAGAGCACUUACUGGGAAUCCCAAUAUUAAAAGUGAAGGUGAACUUGAGAAUGAACAUAUGUCUAUCAGUGAGGUGGUGGUUGAUACUUUGUGGAGGCCCUUUGAGAUAUCAUUUUUUGAACCCGUUAUUCUACUGAUUGAUCUUUAUAUUGCUUUGAUAUACUCCAUCUUGUAUCUAUGGUUCGAAGCAUUUCCCAUAGUAUUUAUUGAGGUUUAUCGUUUCACUAUCGUAGAUUUGGGAGUAUCUUAUGUUAGUGUGACAAUUGGUAUGCUUUUGGGCUCAUCAAUUUACAUUGGCUAUAUUUACUAUGCUUAUACUAAAAAGCUUUUGAUAGGCAAACAUGAGGAUGUCUCACCAGAAGUUUUCCUACCCCCAACGAUUGCUGGGAGCGUAAUAAUGCCCAUAGGUAUCUUUAUCUUUGGUUGGACUGCUAGUGCUGGUCUACAUUGGAUUGGUCCUAUGAUAGGGGCAGCUCUUUUUGGAAUGGGUGGCUUCGUAGUCAUACAAGCACUUUUCAAUUAUAUGGCCAUGUCUUUUCCGCGGUACAUAGCAUCUGUGUUUGGGGGAAAUGCCUUGUUUAGAUCUAUUAUGGCUGGGUGCUUUCCUCUCUUUGGUGCUCCACUUUUCAACAACUUGAAGAUUAACAAAUACCCUGUAGGAUGGGGUUCUACUAUCCUAGCUUGCAUCUGCGUGGGCAUGAUUGCAAUACCAGUAACAUUUUAUAAAUUUGGGCCCAGAAUAAGAGCAAAGUCAAGAUAUUCUGGGAUUUAA